AUGUUUAAUAAAUCAGUGUAAUCAAAUAGAAACCUAUUAUCCGGAUAACUUCAUCGAAUAAUAAUGAACAAAUAAUCAUAGAGGGAGGAGAUAGACUAUGUUAGACGAAAGAAUUCAUUAAAAUAUCCAAUAAAAGAGUAAAUUAACUUUCAAAAGAGCAAUAACUACUUUAACGCAAGGAAUUCAAUGGAUAAUCUAGAAUAGGUUUUUAGAGUGGAGACAAACAAAAAGUUCAAAAGCCCAGUAGUUGCGCUACCAAAUAGAAAGCCUUUUGUUUCUAACAAAAAUAGGAGGAAGAGUCACUAUUCAUCAAGUCAAGAACCUGGCCCAUCAAUGCCAGGGGUCAAGAAACCACAUGAAUGUGGAUUUAGAAUAGUAGCCAAUAGGGCUUCAAGACUGCCAACAAUAUAAUUGGAUGAGGAGGUGACGAAGGAGGAAUCCAAAAUAAUUUCUUCAAAGGACCCUGUGUCUUUUAGUGAUUGGGUUGAGAGGAUUUAUGGCAAGGAGUGGUUUAUUUGA